CCGCCGGCGGUGGCCGCGACGGGCCCGGUGGCGACGCGGCGGCGUCGGGCGGGGCGGGCCUGGGCGACGGCGGCGUCGGCGGCGCCGGAUCCCGGCGAGGCGUCGGCGGGCGCCGAGGGCGCGGCGGCCACGCAGAGCCCCCCGUUCCUGCCGCAGCUGGGCGGCGUGGUGAAGGCCUGCUACAGCCUGGCCGAGGACGCCGAGGGCGAGGGGCUGCUCAUCUUUCCCGGAGGCGGCGGCGGCAACUCGGCGGAGGAGGCGGGCGGCAGCGCGGGCGCCGCGGCCUCGCCGGCGCCGGGGGCGGCCUGGGGGGGCGCGGCCACCACCACCACCCCGACCCCGACCCCGUCGGGCUCGUCGCGGUGCGGGAAGUGCGGCGAGGCCUUCCAGGGCGUGGAGAAGCUGGUGUUCCACAUGCGGGCGCAGCACUUCGUGUUCAUGUGCCCGCGCUGCGGGAAGCAGUUCAACCACAGCAGCAACCUCAACCGGCACAUGAACGUCCACCGCGGCGUCAAGUCCCACGGCUGCGGCGUCUGCGGCAAGAGCUUCACCCAGAAGUCCACCCUGCACGACCACCUGAACCUGCACAGCGGGGCCCGGCCCUACCGCUGCUCCUACUGCGACGUGCGCUUCGCCCACAAACCCGCCAUCCGCCGCCACCUCAAGGAGCAGCACGGCAAGACCACGGCCCAGAACGUCCUGGAGGCCGUGGCCGCCGAGGGGGGGGUCCUGCUGCGCUGACCCCCCCCGGGAGGGGCCCGGGAAGGGGCCGGGGCGGGGGGAGCGACGGGGAGAGGAAGGAGCCUCCUCCUCCUCCUGCUCCCCUCCCUCGGCCCCCGCGCGGCGCAGAGCCGGGCCCCUCCCUGACGGAGAGAGAGGGGAGGGGGGGAUGGGAAUGGGACCGACCCCCCCCUUGGACUGCUGGGGCCUUCCCUGGGGGAGGAGGGACCCCCCCGAAGGGGUGGGGAGGAACCCCUGGACGGUUGGGUUGAUUUUGGGAACCCCCCAAAGUGAUGGGGAGUGAACCCCCAAGUGACAGGGAGCGAACCCCAAAGUGAUGGGGAGGGACCCCUGGA